AUGCAUCGUUUUUUCAAGAAAGUUUCUCCUGUUACCUCGGUUUUAUCUCCGUCAGAGAAUGAACCUCCACUUCUCCAACCACAAGAGUUACCUAAUGAAGACAGAAAUAAAGUUGAUCUAGAGGAUGGAUCCGCACUUCUCCAACCUCAAGAGUUACCGAGUGAAGACAAAGAUAAAGUCGAUUUAGAGAAGCUUCCAAGUGAUCCCGGGGAACGACCUGACAUAAUGAGUUAUCCACCAAACUCAAUAGAAGACAUUCGUAGAGCUUAUUUACUAAGAGGUCCAUGUCAACCACGCAAGCAUAAUUUCCUUUCUACAAGCAAUGGAAAUCGAAAACGUAAAUUUGUCUCACUUUGGUUUGAUGAAUUUAAGAGCUGGCUGAAGUAUAGUGUUACCAAGGAAGCGGCUUAUUACUUCUAUUGCUAUCUUUUCUCAAGACUCCAUGGAAAUGGACAAGAUGCCUUUGUAUCUAAGGGAUUUACUGCUUGGGGCAAGAAAGAAAGAUUAAGAGAUCAUGUUGGAAAUCAUACAAGUGAGCAUAAUAGGUGUAGAUUAGCAUGUCAGGAUUUGAUGAACCAACCCCAGCACAUUGAAGUCUCUCUACUAAAGCAGUCAACACAAUCGAAGCUUAAUUAUCGUUGCAGAUUAAAUGCAACGAUUGUUUCACUUCGUUAUCUUAUCAUGCAAGGAAAGCCUUCUCGCGGACAUGAUGAGUCCGAAGAAUCCUUAAAUCAAGGUAAUUUUCUUGAGCUUUUGAAAGUUAUUACCUCUUGCAGCGAUGAGAUAUCUAGUGUUGUACUAAAAAAUACUCCUGACAAUCUCAAACUAACAUCACCGAGAAUUCAGAAGGACAUCAUAAAUGCAUUUGCUGUUGAGACAACAAAACUUAUUGUACAAGAUAUGGGAAAUGAUUUUUUCUCCAUAUUAAUCGAUGAGUGUCGAGAUAUAUCAGUCAAAGAGCAAAUGGGUGUUGUGGUGCGAUAUGUGGACAAGAAUGGAUGUGUUAUGGAACGCUUUCUCGGUGUAGUGCAUGUCAGAGACACGGUUGCAACCUCACUUGAGAAGGCACUUGAUUCUUUGUUAUCUAUGUAUGAUUUAAGUGUAUCUAGUUUGAGAUGA